AUGUUAACAAGGUUAAGUUCCGCAUCAUUUUCUUUAUUUGCUCUGUUGUUGAGCUUAUUUCCAGAUACCUCGAGGAGGCAAAAUAAACUGUCAAGCGAGAAUCGGCUCUUACUAUUUUUGAUUAAGUUAAAACAUAAUGUACCUUUUUCGUGCCUAGGCAUUUUGUUCAGUAUCCAUCGUACGACGGCAGCACGAAUAUUCAGGGUUACACUUGAAAUCCUCUGCGCCAGUACAAGAGACUGGAUUUGGUGGCCGAGAAGAGGCGCUGUCCAGGCCACCAUGCCACCAAGCUUCAAAGUUCAUUAUCCUCUUUGCAGGGUAAUAAUAGACUGCACGGAGAUGAGGCUGGAGAUGCCUCCGUCAGUCGAGAGGCAAAACCUUUGGUAUUCGCAGAACAAAGGGUGCUAUACUGUUAAGUACUUAAUUGGAGUCGCACCUAGUGGUCUUGUGACGUUCCUUUCAGAUGGAUUUGGUGGGCGGACAACUGAUACUGCUAUCACAAUUGAGUCUGGUUUUUUGCACAAACUGCAGCCCGAUGAUGUCGUCCUGGCCGACAAAGGGUUUCCAGGCAUAGUAACUGGCGUUGGUGCUAAAAAAGCAACACUGGUAAUGCCACCAUUUGCAUCAGGAGUGCAGUUCACAGGGGUUGAGGUAGACUCAACAUACGAGACAGCUUCUGUCAGGAUUCAUGUCGAGAGGGUAAUUCAAAGAGUGAAAAUUUAUACAAUAACCCAGCGUGUUUCGCAUCAUUUAAUCCCACGUAGCAUGCAUGCCCUGUAGAAUGACUGCUAUGUCGCACAUGCUUUUCAAUCGUUUUACCGCAAAGCAUCGAAUAGAAACUCGGAGGCAGU